GUACAAUUCAAAUUAAUGAUAGAACAAAAAUAAAUAAGCAACUCUAAUAAAGCAAAAUAUUUAAAGUCGACUAAAAGGGGGGAAGGUAUUGAAUAAUUAAGGGUUACUUUGACUGUUGAAAACCAGUGGACCUGUCAGUAGUAAUCUGAUGGAGCAGUUAAUAUAUUACAUUGAACAGACGACCAUGGCCUCGCAACAAAUGGAAAUCAUAGCAAAGGUGCUGGAGCAGUCCGCCAAGUUGGUAGAGGAGCAGGUGGACGCACAAAUCAGCAAACUGAAUGAAAUGGACGAUGACGAUUUCGAGAGACUGAAGGAGAGGAGGCUGGAGGCUCUAAGAAAAGCCCAGAAACAGAAGGAGGAGUGGUUAUCCAAAGGCCAUGGCGAGUACAGAGAAAUUGCAAAUGAGAAAGACUUUUUCAGCGAGGUGAAGGAUACCCCCAAUGUUGUCUGCCACUUCUACAAAAACACUACCUUUAGAUGUAGAAUUCUGGACAAACAUUUGGCCAUUUUGGCGAAGAAGCACGUUGAGACCAAAUUCAUCAAACUGAACGCGGAGAAGGCUCCAUUUCUGGUAGAGAGGCUACGGAUCAAAGUCAUUCCCACGCUGGCUUUGGUGAUCGACGGGAAAACAAAGGACUAUGUGGUUGGAUUCAGUGACCUGGGAAACACAGACGAGUUCUCCACCGAGAUGUUGGAAUGGAGGCUCGGCUGCGGAAACGUCAUAGACUACCGUGGGAACCUGAUGGAACCGCCCACACAGUCACAGAAGCCAAGGUCAAAGUUAACAAAAUUGGAGAAGAAAACCAUCAGAGGAAAAGGUGACUCAGAUUCAGACGACUGAAACACUGGCCUGGUUUUCUCUCUCAGGGCUCUACGUCAUUUCAUCAAGAGAGAAGCGAAAAGCCCACUUUAGUUUUUCCACUUCCACUUUUUUACUCAAGUAACAAUAUGAUUUAUUCUUUUAUUUAAAAAUAUAUUUCUUUGAACCACAUUUUUAGAAGGUCUAUUAUCCACCAGAUCAGAAUUGAUGCAGAAUAGGAGAUUUAGGGGUUUUCUUUUCUUUUCUUGUGUAGAAUCUGACAAAUCUUACAUGAAAAAUAAAGACAUGGAAAUUAAAUUUAGGUUCAGAUGUAGUUCAGUUUUUUUCUCAGAUUCUCAUGUCACAUGUGAGUGCCAAUAACUUCUGUAAGCAACAGAUUACAUUUUCACAUGACAAUUCUUGGACUGAUGUUAAUAAAAAGUAUACAUAAAUAUAAACGUGA